GGUGAUAUACCGGAAACAAAAUAGGAAUGUUGUGUGGAAGUGUGUGGCGACAGAACGUUGAUUUUUGGAAAUUAAACUGUAACUGUUAGUCAACACGAGUAAUUUUCUGUUUCAAUCAGAGUAGCUACAAAUAUAUCGCCGACAAUAUGACCACAAUGAGAAUUAAGUCUGAUCAAGAAAUCAGGGAACUGCUGGAUGGGUAUGGAAUUAAGCACGGGCCUGUCGUUGGUAAGUCAUGCUUUGCUUUCUGAAUUAGCUAACGUUAGCUAGUUAACGUUAAGUGAUAAUGCCCGAGAAGCCUGUGUUUGGAGGAUAUAUUGGCACGGGUGUUGUUAGCUAAUAUAUCCAAUAUAUCCUUCAAACACCGGCUUCGAGGGCAUUAUCACUUUUAUACAACGGGUUACCAACAUAUUCAAAUAAUGAUUGACAUUUUCAUUAAAAACGUUAUUUUGAUGAAUUUAUUCACACUAUUUCAUCCUUCCACAAGUCCCGAAACAAAUCUAGUGUUGAUACCCAAGCCGGCUGGUCGUUCUUUCUAUUGGUUCGGUUGCCAGAGCGCGACCCAGUCGUUCAGUCUUUUGGUUCUGUAUCUAUGGACGCGACCUAGUCGUUCAGUCUUUUGGUUCUGUAUCUAUGGACGCGACCCAGUCGUUCAGUCUUUUGGUUCUGUAUCUAUGGACGCGACCUAGUCGUUCAGUCUUUUGGUUCUGUAUCUAUGGACGCGACCCAGUCGUUCAGUCUUUUGGUUCUGUAUCUAUGGACGCGACCCAGUCGUUCGUUUUAAAUGGUCCAUUGCCAUACUGGCCUGCAGUCUGUAAGUUAGCCGUAGUUUGCUAGUUCGCAAGUGAUAAGAACGUUGCCAGCCAGUAUGUCAAUGGAACAUAAUACGGUCACGUCAAAAAGUGCAGCCAGAAUAACAACAGUAGCUGCAUUUGUUUAAGCUGUUUUCUAGUGACAUUUAUUUGGAAACAUCCAUAACAAUGAGCUGAUGAGGCGCGAUUUCGCCUGGCAUAGAAAAUGUGCUCACUGUCAGGACACUGUUGUUCAGAGGAGCUAGCCAACAACACAGCUAACGCAAUCACUUCAAACUGAAGCUGGAAAGAUUUAAAACUAGCUUACUUUCGUUUUCCCUUUUUUUCAAUUGACAUUUCUUUGUAUAUAUCCAUAAAAAUGAUGCCAGCUGAUUCAUGAUUUCGACUGGCUGAGAACCGCUGCCUGCCUCUCUCUCGUCCCGACCCCGACUCGUUCAUUCGUUACUAUGGGGCAGUUGGAGAUCGAAUUUGAAUAUUGAAACAAUGUUGCAAAUGUGGGAGAGACAGAAACUAAGGUUUAUACAAAUCUCCGCUGAUAAAAACUAAAUGUUAGUCUAAAAGAAAUGAAAUAAUGUCUAAUGCUUUUUAUAGUGGAGAUCAAGUUUAUAAUUUCCCUGCCUGGGCUGAUGAGACAGUGGAUUGCGCAAUCAGAUGGAACGGAGUAAAUAGGCAUUUUAACGUCAUAGAUUUAACCGGUGGUAACUUGUGGAAUAGCCACCGGCUGGAAUGCGCUUUUAACCAAUCAGCAUCCAGGAUUAGACACCCGUUGUAUAACUACAUUUACCCAACCCUAGCCGACUAGACUCAACGAUUUACUAUGGAGUUGAGCGUUUACUAGUGUGGGCGGACUGGAGCUCCGGCGUCAUUUAAAAUAAAAUAAUACGUAGUAAAAAAAUAAAAAAUAAAAAAUCAUUUUUAUGUAAUGUCGGAGCUCCAGUCCUCCCAUGCUAGUUGCCGCGGAACGCCGUCGUUAAUCGUGGAGUUGAGUUUAGUCGUCUAGGCCAGCCUAUGUUUUUAACGUUACAACACAUGGGCUGGGUAAGUUUAGUUUAGCUAACGUUAGCUAGCUCACUUCGCUACAAAUUCCUAGUCUACUGAGUAGGCCUGCCUAAUAGACUACAUUUCUAUGACCAGUCUCAAAUAUACUGAUGAUAUUCUAAUAGUCAUGUAACUAUGGUUUAAUUGCGUUACUGAGCCACAUCUAACAUUUCUGCAUUUUGGAGAGUCUACAAGACACCUGUAUGAGAAGAAGCUGAAAGAGGCCAUGGUCAAAGACAAGGUCACCGUGACUAAACCAUCCCCAGACAGAACCUUCUACAGAGAGGAGCGUGAGUUAGACAUGCAUGAUAACACAAUGCUAAUUAAUACACAGGCAAUACAUCUAACCAUUAGACUGAACUAAAGCGAAAAUCAGGAAUGUUGGUUUACUUAUUUUCUUCAUUUCAGGGGAAGAAGUCAGCUACGUUAACUAUCGGACACCAGUAAGUAUCCAACCAUGGGGUUGAUUUGAUUUGUUCGCAGUUGGCUUCUACAACGUGUCCUUUUGUAGACGGAGAAUGUCUUACCAUCAAUAUUCUUCUGUUUCUCAUAUUUGCAGGUUAGAAGUGAGUGGCCUUCUGGAGAUGGGGAACCCUACAUGAGGUCAAGACCAGAGUACAGUGACAGGGACUUGGUGGAUGAGUAUGUUUGUUUACGGAUUGCUUUGCAUUAGUAAGUGUUGUGAUGUUAUCCAGUGUUUGUGUGGUCAGUUGAUUUAAAGUGGACCAAUAAAACUUUUUUUUUUUUUCUCUCUCCUUUGCAGGAAACUCUAUUCAAGAUCAAGGCCAGAGUACAGCAGCGGAAGACAGUACGUUGAUGAGUGAGUCUUGUUUAGACAGAUUUCACAUUGUUUAUGUAUAAUACAUGUUUUCAUAGCCUGGUCCUAGAUCUGUUGCGGUCUUGCCAAGUCCUAUGGUCAUUAUCAUGCCGAAAACAACCAUACGAGCUGGCAAUGCAGCACAAACAGAUCUGAAACCAGGCUGAUGUUCAGAGAUGUGAUUCCUGCUUCUCUGACAUUUAUCCUCCAUUCAUAUAAACUCAGCAAAAAAAGAAACUUUGUAAAAAUCCAAAUAACUUCACAGAUCUUAAUUGUAAAGGGUUUAAACACUGUUUCCCAUGCUUGUUCAAUGAACCAUAAACAAUUAAUGAACAUGCACCUGUGGAACGGUCGUUAAGACGCGAACAGCUUACAGACACUAAAGAGGCCUUUCUACUGACUCUGAAAAAAGCCAAAAGAAAGAUGCCCAGGGUCCCUGCUCAUCUGCGUGAACGUGCCUUAGGCAUGCUGCAAGGAGGUAUGAGGACUGCAGAUGUGGCCAGGGCAAUAAAUUGCAAUGUCCGUACUGUGAGACGCCUAAGACAGCGCUACAGGGAGACAGGACGGACAGCUGAUCGUCCUCGCAGUGGCAGACCACGUGUAACAACACCUGCACAGGAUCGGUACAUACACCUGCGGGACAGGUACAGGAUGGCAACAACAACUGCCCGAGUUACACCAGGAACGCACAAUCCCUCCAUCAGCGCUCAGACUGUCCACAAUAGGCUGAGAGAGGCUGGACUGAGGGCUUGUAGGCCUGGUGUAAGGCAGGUCCUCACCAGACAUCACCGGCAACAAUGUCGCCUAUGGGCACAUACCCACCGUCGCUGGACCAGACAGGACUGGCAAAAAGUGCUCUUCACUGACAGGUCACGGUUUUGUCUCACCAGGGGUGAUGGUCGGUUUCGCGUUUAUCGUCGAAGGAAUGAACGUUACACCGAGGCCUGUACUCUGGAGCGGGAUCGAUUUUGGAGGUGGAGGGUCCGUCAUGGUCUGGGGCGGUGUGUCACAGCAUCAUCGGACUGAGCUUGUUGUCAUUGCAGGCAAUCUCAACGCUGUGCGUUACAGGGAAGACAUCCUCCUCCCUCAUGUGGUACCCUUCCUGCAGGCUCAUCCUGACAUGACCCUCCAGCAUGACAAUGCCACCAGCCAUACUGCUCGUUCUGUGCGUGAUUUCCUGCAAGACAGGAAUGUCAGUGUUCUGCCAUGGCCAGCGAAGAGGCCGGAUCUCUAUAUCCCAUUGAGCACGUCUGGGACCUGUUGGAUCGGAAGGGUGAGGGCUAGGGCCAUUCCCCCAAUAAAUGUCUGGGAACUUGCAGGUGCUUUAGUGGAAGAGUGGGGUAACAUCUCACAGCAAGAACUGGCAAAUCUGGUGCGGUCCAUGAGGAGGAGAUGCACUGCAGUACUUAAUGCAGCUGGUGGCCACACCAGAUACUGACUGUUACUUUUGAUUUUGACCACCCCUUUGUUCAGGGACACAUUAUUCCAUUUCUGUUAGUCACAUGUCUGUGGAACUUGUUCAGUUUGUGUCGCAGUUGUUGAAUCUUGUUAUGUUCAUACAAAUAUUUACACGUUAAGUUUGCUGAAAAUAAACGCAGUUGACAGUGAGAGGACGUUUCUUUUUUUGCUGAGUUUUGCAGAAAGUAUUCCCACCCCUUGACUUUUUACAGCCUGAAUUUUAAAUGGAUUCAAUGGAGACGUUGUCACUGGCCUACACACAAUACCCCAUAAUGUCAAAGUGGAAUUAUGUUUGUAGAAAUUUUUACAAAUUAAUUAAAAAUGAAAAGCUGAAAUGUCUUAAGUCAAUAUUUAUUCAACCCCUUUGUUAUGGCAAGCCUAAAUACGUUCAGGAGUAAAAAUGUGUUUAACAAGCCACAUAAGUUGCAUGGACUCACUGUGUGUGCAAUAGUGUUUUAAAAUUAUUUUGAAUGACUACCUCUUCUCUGUACCCCACACAUACAAUUAUCUGUAAGGUCCCUCAGUCGAGCACUCAAUUUCAAACAGAUUCAACCACAAAGACCAGGGAGGUUUUCCAAUGCCUCACAAAGAAGGGCACCUAACCUAAAUGACAGAGUGAAAAGAAGGAAGCCUGUAUAGAAUACAAAUAUUCCAAAACAUGCAAACCUGUUUGCAACAAGCCACUGAAGUAAAACUGCAAACAAGGUGCCAAAGAAAUUAACUUUAUGUCCUGAAUACAAAGUGUUAUGUUUGGGGCAAAUCCAACUCAUCAGAGUACCACUUCAUAUUUUCAAGCUUGGUGGUGGCUGCAUCAUGUUAUGGGUAUGCUUGUCAUCGGCAAGGACUAGGGAGUUUUUUAGGAUAAAAAGAAACAGAAUAGAGCUAAGCACGGGCAAAAUCCUAGAGGAAAACCUGGUUGUCUGCUUUCCAACAGACACUGGGAGAUGAAUUCACCUUUCAGCAGGACAAUAACCUAAAACACAAGGCCAAAUAUACACGGGAGUUGCUUUCCAAGAUGACAUUGAAUGUUCCUGAGAGGCCUAGUUACAGUUUUGACAUAAAAUCGGCUUGAAAAUCUAUGGCAAGACAUAAAUGGCGGUCUAGCGAUGAUCAACUACCAACUUCACAGAGCUUGAAGAAUUGUAAAAAGUGUGCAAUUUUUUUUACAAUCCAGGUGUGCAAAGCUCUUAGACUUACCCAGAAAGCCUCACAGCUGUAAUCACUGCCAAAUGUGAUUCUAACAUGUAUUGACUCAGGGGUGUGAAUACUUACGUAAAUUAGAUUUCUGUAUUUCAUUUUCAAAAAAAUGUGUGCACUUAUUAUUUUAUUUUUUUAUAUCAUACUAUUCUUGGGUAUUGUGUGUAGAUGGGUGAGAAAAAGAACCAAUUUAAUCAAUUUUGAAUUCAGGCUGUAAAACAACAAAAUGUGGAAUAAGUCAAGGGAUAUGAAUACUUUCGGAAGGCUCUGUAUAAAAACAGACCUCUCCCCAAACUAAGAGCCUGCUUUUCUAUGUUGUCCUGAUCACAUACCUGAAUGUAGUCAUGUUUUGAAGCUAAAUCCCCCCCCCCUGUUUUCAGGCCCCAUGUCUACAACACACAGUCAUCCCUCCUCGUCCUACUCCAAACCAACGCCUGUGGUGAAGCCUGGAGGUGGCGUUGUGAAGGCGGAAAGAAAAGCGAGCUCUGGGAGACUGAUCCCUCUCUGGAUCCAGUUCCUGGUCUUCCUGAUUGUAGCUGGCUUCCUCUACUUCUUAUUCACUAGCAUGGAGUCCGCAGAGAGUAGCCCCUUUAACAGAAUCCAAUGAUCAAAUUUACAGAUAAAUGUAAAUCUGGGACGUGUUCAUUAGGCAAGAAACGGAAGUAAACGGUCCAAGAUGGGGGAAGUACUAUUUGAACUUGUCCUGUAAGAAUCAAUCGUUUUCCAUUUGAACAAUUUUGUUUUUAAAUGUUUCACUACGUGUGUCCUAAUGAAUACGACAAAGUUUUUAAAUAUUUUACGAAUAUAUUAUGGCACAUCCCAUGCCUGCCAUUCUUUUAACUAUUUUUGUGUGUUCUUUAUAUAAGGUGACUGACAUUGGGUGCUGGUAACUUUACUAUUGGUGAAAGGAAAGCGAUUAACGUUUCCUUCCAUCCCAACUCCUAUGUAGUUACUAGAUGGUGAUGUAUAGUAUUGUGUUUUAUCAUACAACUACCUUACCAAAAUAGGAUGCUUCUACUAUGGGUAAUAGUGAUGCCACUUUUUUACUCACAGUACUAUCUUGAUCAUCUUCACAAAUGUAUAAUGCCCACAGUAAAUGCAUUUACCAAAUACUAUAUAUCAAUCAGAAAUACUACGAUUU